AUGUUGCCAUUUCCACCGCUCUCCACUCCCUCCAGCGACAUUAGCAACAACAGCUUCUACGGCCCAAUCAACAGCAACUUCCGCAGCAUGAUUCCUGACAACGGCGCUCUGCUCAACAUCGCAGGCAACUUCUUCUACGGCGACCGCAUGCUCUACGCCGAUGGCUGCCAAUUCUGCCCCUCCCAAAUCACCCAGUCUCAUCGUUUGGACAGAGGUGAACUCUUUUUUCCUGGGGAAAGUCGCUGUGCACUCCGUUUCAUGCAAGGUUACAUCACGGACAUAGCCCAAGCAGCAGACAAGCGCGGCCAGGCGAGCUUGCGGGAGAACUGUUUCACAUUGAACAAGCAGAUGGAGUGCACGGCGAACGAGACGCAGCGCAGCAGCGACGAGUGCCUGGCAUUCUGCAGCAUGUCGCGGGAGCUGGGGCCGUGCGAUGGGCACGGAGCGUGUGUGCCGCCGCAGGCGGGGGCAGCAGAGGCGCGCUUCACGUGUGAGUGCGACGACGGCUUUGUCACGACCAACAGCACCCUCGGCUCCACCUGCGCCCGCCCUGCUCCGCCCCCUGCUGCAGCGCUCUCCACGGGCGCAGUGGUGGGCAUCGCUGUGGGCUCUGCUGCCGCCUUUGCUCUCCUCCUCGCUCUCAUUGUUGCGCUUCUCUGGCCCCGCCAACGCCGUGAGGCCCUUCCCCUUUUCUGCUCUUUUCAAAAUUCAGAAUCUACUGCAGUUGUAGCAGCCAGCUGUGCACUCGUUUGUGUGCUGAUGGCCAAACUCUACUGCAUCUGUAGCAGCAGAAUGUGCACUUGCGUGUGUGCAGUGCACUUAGACGUGCGGGCGAUGGCGUCACUGCGGCAUGAGAACGUUGUGCGCUUGUUGGGCUUCUGCUUGCAUCAGAACGUGGAGAGCGGCCAGCAGGAGCAGAUCCUCGUCUACGAGUUCGUGCCCAAUGGCGACCUCAACUUUGGCGUGGUGCUGUUGGAGCUGCUGACAAGGCAGAAGGCAGCCGUGGAGGGCACCGACAGCCACAUCAGUGACUGGGCGGCGCGCAAGGUGCAGGUGUACGAGCUGGGGGAGCUGAAGGACGCGGGGCUGGAGGCGCCGGACGAGGCGGUGGUGGAGCUGGCAGACAUCGCGCUGGACUGCCUCAAGAUGCCCGCCUCGCGCCGCCCCAACAUGAAGGACGUUGCCCGCCGCCUGCAGAACCUCCUCUCUCUCUACUGUGGUGACGCCGACGGUCACUCCUCCCUUGCAGAGCCUAGCUUGAAAAUGGAGGGAGGGGGGGUGAGGGGUGACGGUGGCAGCAGCACGGACACGUUUGGGAGGAGCGAGUGGUCGGAGGGAACGAACGGAACGUCUGCUUCCAGGAGUCUCGUCCAUUCGCUUUCGGAGAAGUGGCGGAUGAUCGAGUAG